AUGAACACCACUCAGCCUCGCGUUUGGCUCGUCACGGGUGCGUCCACUGGCUUUGGACGUCAUAUGACAGAGCUCCUCCUUAAGAAAGGAGACAUCGUUAUCGCCACCUUGCGUAGACCAGAGGUCUUAUCUGACCUCACUUCUGCGUACCCGUCAAGCCGUCUUCUCGUGCUCAAGCUUGACGUGACCAAAGCUCGGGACGUGCACGAUGCUUUCGAAAGAGGUAUUGAGGCAUUCGGUCGUGUUGACGUCGUCUUCAACAAUGCGGGCCAGCUCUGCGUCGGCGAGCUGGAGUCGGUGGACGACGAGACGGCGAGGCGUGUUAUGGAGGUUAACUUCUGGGGUGCAACGCACGUCACGAAAGAGGCGAUCAGGGUAUUUCGGGAGGUGAACAGCCCGCGUGGUGGGAGGUUGCUCCAGGUGUCGUCGCGUGCAGGGCUGAUUGGCACUCCCGCUAAUGCCCAUUACACUGCAUCGAAACAUGCGCUAGAGGGUUUAACCGAGUCCGUCGCCCAAGAGCUGAGUCCAGACUGGAACAUCAAAAUAACCAUGAUCGAACCCGGCCCAUUUCGCACCGCGAUCUUCGGAACCAACAUCAUCCACGUCCAGCAGCACCCCGCAUAUGCUGACCCGUCCAUGCCCGGAUCCCAAUUUAUAAAGUUGGCUUGCGAGGAUUUCCCAGACGGAGACCCGAUCAAGGCCGUAGAGAUCAUCGAAAAGGUAACGCACCUCGAAGACCCGCCGCUCAGGCUUCCGUUGCAUUGGCACGUCAUUGCUGCGCUGCGGGAUAAGGCGAAGGCGCUUGGGAAGACGGCGGAUGAUUGGGAGAAGUGGUCCGAUGGGAUAUACUUGGAGGGUACGGCGUCGUGAGUUUUGUUUACGAAGACUGUAGUAUGCAUCGUACUGUAACAAAAUCUGAAUGUAACACAAGACACACCGAGCUACGCUCCGGCACUUUCUAUCGAAGUUAGCAAUAUCAAUGAGCUCGAGCUCACACCGCUACAGCAUAUCAAAAGUUUCCCAAGGGCUUAGCUGAGGAAAAAAACGCACCAUAGGUAAUUGCACGUAUCACCAGCAAAGUGUCG